UUUUUAUUUCUUUUUUUCCUUCUAAUUCUUGCCAAUUUUUUUCACUCUCUUUUCUCCGAUCUUUUCUCCCCCUGCAAAGAUGUCAUCCGCCGGAAUCUCGGGUGGCGGUGGCGGUGGCGCCGCCGUUCCACGACCCUAUUUCUGCUACCAGUGCAACCGCACGGUAUUAAUAACACCCUCACCCACCUCCGACCUUGUCUGCCCGGACUGCAACGGUGGCUUUCUUGAAGAAUAUGAAAACCCUAACCCUAGGCCCUCCUUAAAUCCCGAUCCCUUUUUCGACAACCUCGCUGGAUUCCCUUCAUUUGCUACUGGUAUAGGAUUACCCGUUCUCCUUUCCACCUCCACAUCAGGCGACUUCCAGGGCCCUACUGAGCUCUCCACCCUCUUCGGACCCGCGCUUCGCCACCGCUCCACGUCUGCUUCUUUUCAAGAACCAGAAGUGUUCAAUCCCUUUGCGUUUCUUCAGAAUUACCUUCAAGCCCUAAGAGCCGACGGCGCCAACAUUCAAUUCGUCAUCGAGAACAACCCCGGUGAUGGAGGGAUCCGCCUUCCAUCCAAUCUAGGCGAUUAUUUCAUCGGUCCGGGGCUUGAGCAGUUGAUCCAGCAAUUGGCGGAGAACGAUCCGAACCGUUACGGUACGCCUCCAGCUUCGAAUUCGGCAGUGGAGGCUCUCCCUAAUAUUAUUAUUACGGAUGAAUUGUUGGCUUCAGAUACGGCGCAGUGUGCGGUCUGCAAAGAUACGUUCGAGCUUGGGAGCGAGGCGAAACAGAUGCCCUGCAAGCAUAUUUACCAUUCGGAUUGUAUACUGCCUUGGUUGGAGUUGCAUAAUUCUUGUCCUGUUUGUCGGUACGAGUUGCCAACGGAUGAUCCCGAUUACGAGCAGCGGAGGGGGAACCAAGGGACAGCGAAUUCGGCGCGUGCUGGUGGGUCGGCAGAUUCGGGGAGUGGAAGGGCAGGGCAGGUGCAUGCGCCGAUGCAGAGGACGGUGGAGCGGAGGUUUAGGAUAUCAUUGCCAUCGAUAUUUCGGGGAUUGAUAUCGCCUGCGGAGACUAGUAACAGUGGAGUUGGAAGCAAUAAUGGCAAUAAUGGAAGGGACCAGAACACAGGAAGCCGAGAGAGAAGGAAUUUUGGGUCAGAGACCAGGCAAGAAGAUUUGGAUUGAGAAUUGUAAGUACUGUUCUAAGAACAGGAGGGUCCCCGUUUUCAUCUUUUUUCCCUCUUUUCUGUUUGAUUAAUUUUUACUUCUUAGAUGAAUAAUGAUAAUGUUGUUGUUGUUCCUUCUUUAGCGUUUAUUCAUUUUUUUUCCUAUAGUUUUAUUUUUGGGAGUGGGGGUCUGAUAGUAUUGCAAUCUGUGAGCUAUAUCUUGCACAGAGAAUUAAGGAAGGCAACUUAGAAUUUUAUGUUAUCAUGAAUUGAUUCAUUGGUUGAGAUAAGUACCUUGUUAUCCUC